UUCAGUUGAUUCGGUCAGUUCCGAGAAAUUAGGCGGUGAGGUGACAAGUCGGUCGGUGUUCUGGCAUCGCGCAAACAAGGGAUUGGAACUAAAUAGAAAGUCUAACUGUGCAAAGUGUAGAGAAUCGCCUAACGCGAUCUCCAUUCGAUCCACGGCCAGCGAGUAUCUGCGGGCAAUUGGUUAGUUUAUUGCUCGCGUAUCUGUUCCGUGUGCGCGAUACCUCGGAACAGUCAGGUGGCCGAAUCCUUUUCGUAAAUUGCAGGUCGUGAGUAGUUCAUUGUUCGGCACAAGUGGUUCGUGUAUGUUUCCAUUGGCCGUUGUCGGUUUGUUGUGUUUGCGUGGCUGUACAAAGUGCAUUAAUUUUUAGGGUUUCAGUUGCUCGUGUCUGUGCAACUGCAUUUCAGCCGUGGUGACUCGGCCGCUUCCUCUCUAUUAAGACGUGCAAACAUUCCAACUCUGCAUUGCACAACAAGUUUUCGAGUCGUUCGCCUUGGCCAUUGCCAACACCGCAUCUGUUUCCCUGCACACUCACAUAUAAUUCCGCCGUCCUGAAGGCACCGUGAUCGCUGGAUAAUUAAGAUCAAAUUCGCUUCGUCCCUUUCUCGCUAGUCGGCCGUAAAGCGCGGACGAUUAAAGAAAAAGUCGUAAACGGUAGAACGUCGGGAAAACGUCACACAAAAUCUGGUAUUCAUCGGGUUUGUGUGUGUGUUUGUGAAUUUAAGGUUUCUGUGGCUCAUUUCUCGGAUGCGGGAUAAGAUAAAAUGUCAAAAAUUCUGUGAUGUUUCUCCCACGUCGCGAAAACCGAGCGAUAUCAAGAAAAUGAAAUUGGGUGGCUACACGCAGCAAAUUGGGUUCUUGUUGUGAGUUGGAAGGUGUCGCGAAGUGUUUUUGGUUGAUCAACAAAGCGUGCAGAUAGUUCAGACCCUGCCAAUUCGGAAUACAAUUAGAACAGGCUUACAGAUUUUCACAUAUCUGGAUAUAGAAGAUAACUUUCUGGACAUUUUGGACAUUUAUUGCUUAGCUGGUGCUGCCUGUAUAAUCAUUUCACAUCGACGGAGCAGGCAUAGUUUUUCAAGCGAACAGAAUUUGUGUGGAAUGGCAUAAUGAAAGCAUUGAGGCUAAUAUCAACAAAGGAAAAAGCUGGCGAAAAGAAUUUUUGUCUGUGUAGAAACGCGCAAUAAAUAUUUCUAGAUAUAUGAGAUUUCAUUCUAUGAUCGAUUUUGAAGUCAUAAAAUAUCAAAAUUACUAAAUGGUGUCUUGCCAAAAUGUCCACGACGAAUUCGGACGAAUUGCGGAAGAAGUUCACUGUACCUCCACCGAUUCUAUUGGAAUCGCCGAGCGAGCCACAGCCUACCACCCCAAUUCUCACUGGUCAAUUAAGCCUUCCGGAGCCGACAAGAACAUACAUAUUUCCCGGUACUGCCGAUAUCGGUAGUAGAGGCUCCAAUGACCCUAGUGCACUGACCAUAGGAGCAGCACGUGGCCAUGCCAGAUCCGUGAGUCAUGGGGGUGGAUCUUUGGCUGGUGUGGGUCCCAGACCCCUUAAGUCAGCCAUAAAAGGACACCAACGGGCCUUUUCUCAAGGACAAAUAACGGAUGCAGUCGCGCCACCUCAAAGAUCAGGCCAUAGUCGUGUUGGUUCUAAAACAGAUUUCAUUCUUCCACCUGGGCAUAAGGAAUCGGUUGAAAAUCGAGAAUUUGGACCGUCUGUAACAUCGGCUGGGCGUGGUCACUCCAGACAAGCUUCUAGAUCUGAAUCGAUUUACACUUUGCGCCGAACAGAGAUUCCACCGUGGUGGAGGAGAUUUUUAUGUUGUCGUAAUGAUAAAUUUGAAGAACGAGGAUAUCGAAUCGUUGUGCCAAACCAUACAGUGCCACCAAAAACGCCCCGUAGCGAACAUCCAAAUGGGCGAUACGUUGCCAACAAAAUACGCACCACGAAAUACACGUUAUUGUCUUUUAUUCCGAAAAAUUUGCUGGAACAAUUUCAUCGGGUUGCCAAUCUUUAUUUCAUCUUUAUCGUUCUACUAAAUUGGUUUCCAGAAAUAAAUGCCUUCGGCAAAGAAGUAGCCAUGAUACCAGUUUUAUUCGUGCUUGGAGUCACCGCGAUUAAAGAUUUAUUUGAGGACCAACGAAGACGAGCAUCUGAUAAAAGAAUAAAUAAUUCGACAUGUCGUGUUUACAAUGGUGAAUCGGAGCGAUAUAAAAAAGUUUUGUGGCAAGAUGUACGUGUUGGAGAUUUAAUACAUUUAUCGAAUAAUGAAACGGUUCCGGCUGACAUCUUACUGCUACGAACCAGUGACCCGCACGGUGCCUGCUACAUAGACACCUGCGAUUUAGAUGGCGAGACAAACUUGAAAAGACGAGAGGUUGUUCGGGGCUUUGCCGAAAAGCAAAGUAUUUUCACGCCUAGUAAAUUUGUCAGCCGCAUUGAAGCGGAUGCACCUACAACAAAGAUUUAUCGCUUUCAUGGAGCAUUGAUUCAUUCAUCAGGGGAACGUGUGCCUCUUUCUACGGAAAGUUUAUUAUUAAGAGAAAGUCGUUUAAAGAAUACCGACUUCAUAGAAGGUGUAGUGGUUUACGCUGGUCACGAGACUAAAGCAAUGCUCAAUAACAGCGGACCUAGGUAUAAGCGCUCACAAUUGGAGCAACAAAUGAACAUUGAUGUGAUAUGGUGUGUGAUAAUUCUACUUAUAUUAUGCGUAAUUGGUGCUGUUGGAUGUAAAAUGUGGUUAUCCUCGUUUGAAGGCUUGACAAUUCCAUUUUUGCCAUUCGAAGUAGAUCCAAGUUAUGAAGGUUUGAUAGCAUUUUGGACCUACAUUAUUAUAUUACAAGUAAUGAUUCCAUUAUCACUAUACGUGACUAUUGAAUUUUGUAAGAUUCUUCAAGUCUAUCAUAUACAUAACAAUGCCGAUCUAUUUGAUCAUCAGACUAAUAAGAAGACUGAGUGCAGAGCAAUGAAUAUAACAGAAGAAUUAGGACAAGUUCAACAGAUUUUUUCGGAUAAAACAGGCACUCUAACGGAAAACAAGAUGUUAUUCCGACGAUGUACCAUCAAUGGAUUAGAUUAUAAUCAUCCGCCUUCAGAACUUGAGAGAGAAUAUUCGAAACCAGGGUCUCCCGCACCCCCUCUAACGAUUAAUAGCAAAUUAAUUGAAGAUAUGAGCCCACUUACAUCGGGCCAAUAUCUAUCGCAAAGCUCACAACGAAUGCAAGAAUUCUUUGUUGUUUUAGCCAUAUGUAACACUGUAGUGGUCAGUGCCACACCUCAUCACGAUAUGAUGAAUGCUAGUGGAGUGAUAGAAGUACAAAAUAAUCAAGAAGAUUCAACGGCACAGUUGAAUACCGUUCGGCCGGGAAAAGAUUCAUUGACAGUGCGAAAUACAUUGGCAAACGGGGGUGCAACGCUUAAUGUGCCUAAUUCAGCCACAGCACGUCAUAUUGCUGGAGGUGAUCGCUAUACCCGCUUAACAGAAUCACGUUCAGUUACACCAUCUCCACCACCCACCAAUUUAUCGCUACCACUAUCGAAACCAAAUCAUCAGCACAUUCCAUCAUUAUCACCAAUUAGUAGCUCAGCUGAGUCGACUCCAAUAUCUGAAAGUCCUCCGAUGAAAAUAAAAUCGAUUUCAAGCAACGUUUCUCCAACAGGACGUGCCCGCACUUUAAUUAAUUCAAAAUUAAACACACUUACGUCAUUCCUCAAUACAAAAAGUCAUGCGAAGAGGAUAGCGAAUAAAUUAAAAACUAAUAACUCACCUAAAGAAUACAGUACUCCCGAUGGACGUCCCCUCUUCGAAGCAGAAAGCCCUGAUGAAUUAGCUUUAGUCAAUGCCGCGUACAGCUACGAUUUUUGUCUUAUAAAUCGCAGUCCAAACCAUAUACUUAUCAGUGUGCCUGGUCUUGGGAUUGUUGAAUAUGAGGUGCUCAAGGUGUUGCCUUUCGAUUCUAGUCGAAAAUGCAUGUCAAUCGUCGUGCGACGCACAGGAUCUCAAGAAAUUAUUCUUUAUACGAAGGGGGCUGAUAGCUCCAUAAUGCCAGCACUAGUCCCUUGUUCACCGGACACUCCCGAUGGACGGCUCCGCGAAAAAACACAGCAGCAACUUGAUUUAUAUGCUCGUCAAGGCUUACGAAUCCUUGUUAUGGCUAAACGUAGCUUAAAUCCCACUGAAUAUACAGAUUGGUGGGCACGACAUCAAGAAAUUGAAAUGUCUUUGGAGAAUAGAGAGAGACGAUUGCGUGAAUCGUUUGCCAAGUUGGAAAGUAAUUUAACAUUGUUGGGCGCAACAGGCAUUGAAGAUCGACUACAAGAAGGAGUUCCUGAAGCAAUUGCAUCUCUCUUAUCCGCAGGUAUUAUCAUAUGGGUAUUGACAGGCGAUAAACCAGAAACUGCCAUCAAUGUUGCUUACUCUGCCAAGCUAUUCAAUCCACAAAUGGAAUUGCUGCGACUAACUGCAAGAUCACGCGACGCAGCAGAAUCAUCAAUAUUGUUUUACUUAUCAGAAAUUGAAAAGGAAACUACUGAUAUGGUGGAUGGUUACAGGAGCCGCAUGGUCAAAAGUCGAGCACUAGUCGUUGAUGGAAAGACAUUGACAUUUAUAUUAGAUUUAAGAUCAAAUCUGAUAAAGCCAUUUUUAAAACUCACAAGAUAUUGUGCAAGUGUACUAUGCUGUCGGUCGACACCAUUGCAAAAAGCUUACCUGGUUAAAGUAGUUAAAGAGGAGCUACAUAUUUCCACAUUGGCCAUAGGUGAUGGGGCUAAUGAUGUCUCUAUGAUACAAAUGGCUGAUAUCGGUGUCGGCAUAUCUGGGCAAGAAGGAUUACAAGCUGUGAUGGCUGCUGAUUUUACGUUGGCGCGAUUUAGGCUAUUAGAAAGACUUCUGCUGUCACAUGGAUAUUGGUGUUACGAUCGAUUAGCAAGAAUGAUCCUGUAUUUCUUCUACAAAAAUGCGGCCUUUGUAUUUUUAAUAUUCUGGUAUCAACUUUAUUGUGGGUUUUCUGGUGCCGUAAUGAUUGAUCAAAUGUAUUUGAUGUUAUACAAUUUACUCUUUACGUCAUUGCCUCCACUAGCCAUUGGCGUAUACGACAAAACUGUCCCAGAAGAUCUGUUACUAGCGAAUCCAUUCCUUUACAGAUAUGGGCGGCUUGGGGUUGCAUAUCGGCCUCAUACUUUCUGGAUAACAAUGUUGGACGCUCUUUUCCAGAGUCUUGUCAUCUUUUUCGUGGCAGAAGCUGCUUAUUGGGACACUGAUGUGGGGAUUUGGGAGUUUGGGACAACUAUAACCACAUCUUGCCUAAUCACAAUGUUGAUACACGGAGCAAUCGAGAUAAGAUCGUGGACGGUCUUACACGUACUUUCAAUGGUUUUGAGUUUGGUGUCAUUCUUUUUAUUCGCCAUAGUUUACAAUUCUUUGUGUGUUUCAUGCUUGGGAUUACCUUCUAGUUACUGGGUGAUAUUCAGAUGUAUGGGAUCUCUACUAUUCUGGCUAAUAAUAUUCUUAACUGCAGUAAUAAGUGUGUUGCCAAGACUUGUAUUUCGGGUCCUCCAAACGUCUUUUUCACCAGAUGAUAGCACAAAUUUGUUGUUACAGAGUAAACGUGAUCGUCGAAGAGGUGAGGAAUUAUUAGUAACUUGGUCUAGAUCAACGUCCGCAUCAUCAAUAUACAGAACCACCGAUCUUGGGUCUAAGAAUCAGAUUGUAACAUCAAUUACAUGAUACGUUCCUGUUUUAUAUUCCUGACAUGUUGGGUGAAUACACGCAAAGUUUUUUGCUUAAAUAUUAAAUGGAUGUGCUAAUUGUCGAUUUGAUAGUGGAUCAAUAUCGUGUAUACAUAUAGAGUAUUCCUAACAGGUGAAAGAGUUUUGAAUACUUGUCACUUGGGGAAGAGACUACUCACGUUCAUAUGCCUAUGUAUUUAACAGCGAACGGGUCCGAUCGAUGUUGAUAGAAAACACGUAAACCUUAAGGCAAUGUAUACCUAACUGGAAACAAUAAUUACUAAUUUAUCUAGUUCAAAACACAAGAGAUGCAUACAAAACAUUUCCCAAUACACUUUCCUAUUUAAAAUAUAUUCAUUUACUGUUUUAGAAAUCUUGUGGCCUUAUAAUAAAAUCAAACAGAGUUAUAAGAAAAGUGGAAAGACUUGACCAAUUGCAUACAUAGACUUAUCCCUUGUUUUAUUGUAUGACAAAUCACUUUGAUGCGUAGUCUAUAUUGUAUUAGAAUAGAAGUAAGAAUAAAUUAAAUAGAAAACAAAUUAGGUAUGACAAAUUUGCUGUCAUCACGAUUUUUCAGAUGGACUAAAUGUAAAAUCAGUAAGAAAUUAUUCUAUCUGUGCAAACUGGAAAUGUAAAAUAAGAGAAAAUAGUAAUUCACAUGAAAAUAUUUAUAUCUUAAAUACAUAUUAACCGUAAAUAAGUGCAUAGAAGAAGGUAAGCAACUAAGGCUGUGAUCGAUUAAAAUAAUUACGUUUAUCUAUAUAUAUUGACAAGUGAAUUGAGAAAAUUAGUUUAUAUGCUGCGAUAGUGUUCAAUAGCGAAAUACAUUCUUAGUUUUCAAUUUUCUGUACAUGUACACAGCGUUCAAUAUCUUAUUUAUAUCAGAGUAACAACAGGAGAAUGUAAGAACAUGUCAAAUUGGAAAUAAAAUAAAAACCUAUUUUCAUAAGUGUCGAAA